GCUGUAUUGGCUUGUCUAUUCUGGUCAGGUCCAAGGAGAAAGCGAUCAAAUACAUGAAUAUCAAAUUGAGUCAUUGUUGGUCCAUUAGGGUUAUGGUUGUUGUUACCUCAGGGAAUCUAUUUCGGAUGAUUCAUACGAACAUGGUUGCAUGUGCAUCUCCGGAAUCGGCCAGGCUUGUGAGUGGUAGGGAAAUCUGCGACUGCUCAUGCAAGACCUGCAAUAAGAGAGAUUUCUCGCAGGUUUGUCCCAAGUAACAGUCAAGAUCAUGAUUGUAUCCGCCGUCAUCAUGAAAUCAAUGGUGGUCAUUCUUGCUUAUAUGUUUGUUUUACCUUGAAGCUCUCUGAAUUUCCCGUUUGCUUUCCCCAGAUCCAAACGUACGGAGUUAGGGCCCUACUCCGUGGCUAGUGCCAUUUCGAGUGACCGAGGAUCCUCUUUUUUUCCUCUUGCCUGAGGCCCCAUCUCACCAAUCAGGUGACGGCAGACCUUCGAAUGGGCGCCGAUGAUCGGAGCUAGCAGGCGAAUUGAGCCAAUCAAGGGGGCGGAAUUAUUCGAGACUGAAUGGCGCUAACCAGGGAUGGAUUAGCCACACCAGACACUGAGUCUGAGUCUUCUUCCGCCUGGUCUUAAGGACCUCUUACUCACACCAGGUCCGUGGUCUCUUUCCCCCUUCCCAUUUUCUAAACCCAUUUAUUUUUUCUGUUUGGCCUGGCAGUCAUCCGCCGCAAAGAUGAUGCCUCUAAGACCAUCCAAAAGCGCCAUGCGCGCCAUGCACUACCAGAGGUAUAUGACCUCUGGAAGAAGGUGUUUUACGUCUUCCUCGGUGGCCGCGGCCGUCUCGCCCCACCGCUUUUCUGCUCAGAAACGAUCCCAGAGCACUGCUACAGCUACUACUUCAAAGUCUCGUCCCGCCCCAAGCCCCGCCUUCAACCUGGAACCUCCUCGCAGUGAAGUAUCGCCGUUGCAGAACCGAAAUGUGCCUGAAUUGGAUGAUUCUUUCGUGGGACUCAGCGGUGGAGAAAUUUUCCAUGAGAUGAUGCUCCGUUUGGGCGUCAAGCACGUCUUUGGCUACCCCGGUGGUGCCAUUCUUCCCGUGUUCGAUGCUAUCUACAACUCCAAGCACUUCGACUUCAUUCUCCCUCGCCAUGAGCAGGGUGCUGGACACAUGGCUGAAGGUUAUGCCCGGGCUUCAGGAGAGCCUGGUGUUGUCCUCGUCACUUCUGGCCCCGGUGCCACUAAUGUCAUUACUCCCAUGCAGGAUGCCCUCUCGGACGGCACGCCCAUGGUUGUUUUCUGCGGUCAGGUCCCGACCAGCGCGAUUGGUACCGACUCUUUCCAGGAAGCCGACGUGAUCGGUAUCUCGAGAGCCUGCACGAAGUGGAACGUUAUGGUGAAGUCUGUCGCCGAGCUUCCUCGCCGCAUCCACGAGGCCUUUGAAAUCGCAACCAGUGGUCGCCCUGGUCCCGUCCUGGUCGACCUUCCGAAAGAUAUCACCGCCGGUAUCCUCCGCAAGCCUAUCCCUAUGAACAGCACCAUUCCCUCUCUGCCGAGCGCGGCGAGCAUUGCGGCCCGUGAGCUGAGCAUGAAGCAGCUCGAAAGCACCAUCGGCCGCGUGGCUCGUUUGGUCAAUGUCGCCAAGAAGCCCGUUCUUUACGUCGGACAGGGUCUUCUCGCUAACCCCGAAGGCCCGAAGCUCUUGAAGGAAUUGGCCGACAAGGCCUGCAUUCCGGUCACCACGACUCUGCAGGGUCUGGGUGGCUUCGACGAGCUGGACUCCAAGGCACUGCAUAUGCUGGGAAUGCACGGAUCGGCCUACGCCAACAUGGCUAUGCAGGAGGCUGAUUUGAUCAUUGCGGUUGGUGCCCGUUUCGAUGACCGUGUCACCGGUAACAUCACCAAGUUCGCCCCUCAGGCUAAGCUUGCUGCGUCCGAGAACCGUGGUGGUAUUGUACACUUUGAGAUCAUGCCCAAGAACAUCAACAAGGUCGUCCAGGCCAACGAGGCCGUCGAGGGUGACUGUGCGGAGAACAUUAGCCAUCUUCUUCCCCAUGUCAACAAGGUGGAGGAGCGCCCCGAGUGGUUCGCCCAGAUCAAUGACUGGAAGGCUCGCUUCCCUUUCUCUCUGUACGAGAAGCAGGCCGCGGAAGGUCCCAUCAAGCCCCAGACUUUGAUUGAGAAGCUCAGCGACCUCACCGCCCACAUGAAGGACCGUACCCUGAUCUCCACCGGUGUCGGUCAACAUCAGAUGUGGGCUGCCCAGCACUUCCGUUGGCGCCAUCCCCGUAGUAUGAUCACCUCCGGUGGUUUGGGUACUAUGGGCUAUGGUCUUCCCGCGGCUAUUGGCGCCAAGGUUGCUUGCCCUGAUGCCCUUGUCGUUGACAUUGAUGGAGAUGCCUCCUUCAACAUGACCCUCACCGAGCUUUCUACUGCUGCCCAGUUCAACAUCGGCGUCAAGGUCCUCCUGCUGAACAACGAGGAGCAGGGUAUGGUGACCCAAUGGCAGAACCUCUUCUACGAGGACCGUUAUUCGCAUACCCACCAGAAGAACCCCGACUUUGUACCUCUGGCUAAGUCCAUGGGUGUUGCUGCUGAUAAGCUGGUCAACCCUGCUGAUAUGGAGGAGAAGCUGAAGUGGCUGAUUGAGAGCGACGGCCCCGCUCUGCUCGAGGUCAUUACUGACCGUAAGGUGCCUGUGCUUCCCAUGGUGCCCGCUGGCAGCGCCCUGCACGAGUUCCUUGUUUAUGACGAAGCCAAGGAGCAGGAGAGGAAAGCCCUGAUGAGGAAGCGGAAGGUCAAUGUCUAAGUUGACAUGAAUGAUGGAACGACGUGACCUACCGAUCCUGUAAUUGCAAAGUGCCCAUUGACCUUUUCUUAAUCUGUCGAUAUCCACGGCGUUUUCUGGCGGGUUCUAAAAACGCUAGCGGGUGCCUGUUGGCGCUCCCAGUAGCAUCAGACGGCCGUACUCAUUGGGAGGAAACUGCACGAUAAAAUCCGCAACUCCGAGGCCUUGCUGGAAUCUUUCCGGUGAGAUGUGGGCCGGGCUUCUUCUACCCUUGAACUCGAGUCCCUUUAUUUUUCUUUAUUGGCAUCUUGUUGAUCCUUUUUAUGAUUCGCCAAAAAGUUUCUUCGGUUCCAGGCGGCUGUAUAUUGUAUAUAAUCCUUAUGUUUAUCAUGUUACCUAUGUUGGAAACUUUAAGGGAUAAUAGGAAAGGAUGUCAUUUUGACCUGUUUUGUAAUUGACCAUGAAUAAAUUCGGUAUCUUUGCCACACCCGUUUCAAUACAUCAGCCAUAGCGAC